GCACAAUUUAAAAAAAAUAUAUAAAUAACAUGAUUGAUGAACAAUGGUCCGAUGAAUUUGCUAUGAAUCAGGAAGUUUGGGAAUCUAACGAGGCCAACGCCAGCAAUAAAAUGAACGCUUGGCGCAAACAGAAACUGCUCCUACAACAUGCAUUGCGGAAUCAAGAUGAUGCCAUGCAUUGCGCUGUGCUGGAGGACCAUCACGAUAAAAUGGAUCAAGCAGCUUGUACAGCAGCUUAUUUCGAGGAACGCCUUGCAAAUUGCCAAAAUCUGUUGGCGCACAGUCGUCGAUCUAGAAACGGAACCGAAAAACUAAGCAUGCCAAUGCAGUGGACUAUUCCAGAGCCCAGUGUUUUUGAAUCCAAAUGCCGUGGCAAAUAUCAAAGCUGCCAGUAUGAUGAAAUAACAAAUGAGGAACUGCUUGAGAUAUCCCGCAAUAUUGUCACCGACAAUAACUCAUUUGAAAGUGAAAAUCUGAGCACAAGCAGCACUUUCAAGAGCUCCUUUGGCUCUUCAAACGCUACAACUUCCCGUCAGCCAUUAGCUGCGGUUGAAGCAGACUCUGAGUCCACAACUAUUUUGACUCAUUUCCGCACAGCACGCGAAGAACUUAUAUUGCAAGAGCUUCAGAAAAGGAACCAAGGCAGUGGGAGCCAAGCGGAUAUGAUAGACUUCAGAAAACGGACCCUGGGUCUAAGGCGCAAUGUACGCGCGAAUUUUGCGCCGCCAGUUGCGCGGGACAAUGCGAAGGAAGGCAGUCUUACAUUAGAUCAGUAUGUAACAGUGAACAAACAAAACAGUGCUUCAGGAACUGCGGCCGCCGAAAAAAAGUUAUCGUCAUCCUCGCCCUCUUGUACACCGCCAUCCAUCGAUCCGAAAAUGGUGGAGCAAAUUAUGGGCGAAAUCAUGCACAAAUACAAGCCAGUUGAUUGGGACGAUAUUGCCGGCUUGAAGUAUGCAAAAGAUACAAUUAAGGAGGCAAUUAUUUUCCCAUUGAUACGCCCGGAAAUAUUCACGGGCUUAAGGCGCCCACCACGCGGUAUUUUGCUGUUUGGCCCGCCGGGUACAGGCAAAACACUUAUAGCCAAAUGCAUUGCCUCCCAGGCAAAGGCCACGUUCUUCAGCAUCAAUCCGUCCACAUUGACAUCCAAGUGGAUUGGCGAAGGCGAAAAGCUGGUAAAGACAAUGUUUGCUGUAGCAACCGAACAUCAGCCUGCAGUAAUUUUCAUGGAUGAGGUUGAUUCGCUGCUGUCGCAACGCUCUGAUACGGAGCAUGAGAGCUCGCGUCGGUUGAAGAACGAAUUUUUCAUACAGUUGGAUGGCGCAGCCACCAACGAAGAAGAUCGCAUUGUGAUUAUUGGCGCCACCAACCGUCCACAGGAGCUCGAUGAGGCAGUGCGUCGACGCUUUGUGCGGCGCCUCUAUGUGCCCCUGCCAGAAAUGGAGGCACGCAAGCAAAUAAUUGAAAAACUCAUUCGAGAAGUGGAUAACUGUUUAACACAGGGGCAGAUCCAACACAUAGCCGAGCUCACGGAGGGUUAUUCUGGUGCCGAUAUUGACAGCUUAUGCCGCGAUGCGGCCCUGGAGCCUGUACGCAGCAUUAGCAGCACACAAAUGAACUCAAUUAGCGCUGAACAACUGCGCGCUGUAACUAUGGCCGACUUUAAAAAUGCUCUGCAACAUGUUUCGCCAAGCGUCUCUCCCAACGAUAUAGAACAGUAUGUGACUUGGAAUAAAACAUACGGUGCCAGACCUUAAUUACUGAGUAAUAACAGGACCACAAAUUAAAUCAGGAACGCGCAAUGAAGAAUACUACAUUAUUCAAAACAGUAUGUAUUUUGCAUUGAGAUUAAAUUGUUAACUUCGUCAUUUUUAUACAAACAUGCUAUCAAUGCUAUCACUCUAAAAAUAAAUGUGUGCAGUGUC